GUUUGUAUGGUCGUCUCGUCUGGUUCGCUUUUCUGUUGGCCUGCAUCUUUGUUAUGGCUUGGUUUAUCGUUGUCAUGUGUUCGCGCCUUCACUAGUUCAUCGCUGUCGCUUGCGUAGUGGCGAGAUGCCGACUGGUGGCGGUCGGCUACUGUGUUUUUGCGCGGUAGCCGCCGCCGCUGCUCUUCUCUGUUAGCGUCGCCGUCUAUCGGCUGAUGCUGCUUCUGCUCGAGCCUCCCUCUUUACCUCCCUCGCUCCCUCCCUCGCUCGUUGUGCUCCGGGCGCAGCUGUGCCUACACUGUUUCCGUUGAUACGAUCGCGGCUCUGUAUUCUUCUGCUGCUGCCGCCGCCGCCGCCGCCUGCUGUUUGACGUAUUUCGAGUUUAACGUACGGUACUGACGUUAGGCAUUCCACCAGACGGUUAGCUCGAAGUGCGAAACGAGCGGUGUCAACACCCGGAUUCGAAUCCCGACCAUCACGUCUGGGGGGCAGCAAGCAGCCGCCUACUAUUUACUGUCCAUCACCCAACCACCGUGAUUUCAUUAGCCAACAAUAGCAAAAAUACUAAUCAUAGAAGCAGUGGCGACGCAUACUGGCCUAGCGGUGAUCGUGGUGUUUGCCGGGGCUCACAGCAGUAAAGAACUGUCGCUUCUAUAGCAGUAGCAACAACAACAAUAUUGCUACUGCUAACAGUACGACAACAAUCAAAACUAUAACAACACCGACAGUUUAAAUGUAACGAUUGGUGGUGGUAUUACUGCUUUUACUACCAUCCACGGCCGUCGGAUGACUGAUUCACUGUUGGCUGCUGCUGCUGCUGCUGCUGCUGACUGCUAAUAUUGUUUGUUUGUUGCUAUUGCUGUUGGCAAUGAUGUCUCUGCUAACCCCCGUCGCCUGUCCCCAACUGCUAGCCUGUGUUCUGCAGUGAUGAUGAUGGCAGUGACGGUGAUAUGUUGCUGAUUGUUGUUGGUGUUGUUGUUGUUGUUGUUGCUGUUGUUGUUGUUGUCGUCGUCGUCGUCGUCGUCGUCGUCGUCUACUCUAUGAUAGUCAUCAUUACUGAUAGUACGCAGUACUGUAACUAGAGCUAGUACUACUGCUAACGUUAUGAGAAUGAUAUGAUGAUACAAUUAUCGUGCUUGAUUGUGCACAACCAUCAUUCAGCAAACGCUGAAUAGCAUAAACAGAGAUGGUGGUAGUCAGUGACUGGUAAUGGCGGUGGUCAUUCUAUUAGCGAGGCAGCAGCAGCAGCAGCAGCAGCAGCAGCGACAAUAACAGCCGUAAUAAGCGAAAAUGCUUAUGUGUUUCAAACGGUGAAAAAACAAGUUAUGUACUAGUUGUUGUUAUUGUUAUUAGAGGUGAUAGUAAUCUACGAAAGAGCCUAAAAGACUCUCGAUCCGUCGUCGCUUAGUUGAUCAAUGCCUGCUGCACCAAUCGGAACUACAAGUGAGCUCGACCGACGGCCGGUCGCAAACGCUGCGACAGACGUUGUCGCAUAACAAAGACAGGUAACGGAAUCGAUAUUGAUGAUAGGGGUGAUCCUAUGUCGUCCUAAGCACACGCUGUGAAAUUUGGAAAUGAUGUACGGACGUUCGGUAGAGGUAAAAAUUGAGCUCGGCCAUAAGGCCGUGCUUAAGGACCAGCCUACGGCUGAGGGCUAUACGCAUGACUGGACCGUGUUCGUCAAAGGGCCUGAGGGGUGCAAAAUCGAUAAUUUUGUCGAGAAGGUGAUAUUUAUGUUACAUGAAAGCUUUCCGAAGUCAAAAAGAACAAUUCGCGAACCGCCUUAUCAGGUAACAGAAAGCGGUUAUGCUGGUUUCAACAUGCCGAUCUGGGUGUACUUUAAGACGCGGGAAGAGCCAAAAAAAAUCGAUUUCGUUUACGAUCUCUAUCUGUCGCUAGACGGCAAGCCAAUUAACAAUAUCCGAUGUGAGAAGCUUACUUUCCACAAUCCACCGGAUGACUUCUGCCAAAGGUUGCUGAAAGGAGGCGGUUCUAUCAAGCAACCAGUCGCAUCACCCAACAAGAAGUCAUCAGGACCCCAGACGCCUCCAGAGAAACGCUCCCCCCAGCAACCGCAAACCCAACCGGCGGGAGCGGCGGCCAAGCCAUCCUCGGAUCUAUUUGGAGGGUCUAAUGCUAAAGAUAUCAAAUCUGGUACAGCUCCAGCACAGGAUGGCAAGAAAGAGAAGAAAAAAGAGAAGCGCAGCAAAGAUUACAAAAAAGAAAAAAAAGAUAAAGAUGGACGAAGUCGAUCGGAUAAGGACAAAGAGGCGGCGCCGUCUUCUCGUGAGGAGAAGACAACUAGCAAGGAGAAGGAACGUGACAAGGAGAGUAGUAAAAGCGAGAAAGAACGUGAUAAGGCUGAGACGAAAGCCGAUCAAGAACGUGACUCAAAGUUAAAAGAAAAUACCAAGGAUAAAGAACGAACCUCUGGUAAGGAGUCGAAGGACAAAGAGGCUACAGCUAAACAAAAAGAAGGCAGCAGCAGCAGCAGCAGCAGCAAAAAAUUAGCAUCAGUACGGUCAAGCCAGUCGCCGCCAAUGGCAGCGGAUAUGAAAAAAGAUGACACAAAGAAUCGAGAAGAUCGGAAACGUCCUGCAGGCAUCAGUCCUAGCGAAGGUAGCGGUGAACGCGACCGAGAGAAGACUAACAACGAUGACAAAGAAGUUAAACGGAAGAAGAAGUCAUCGUCUCAUAAAGAUUCGCCCGACGCAAAAAAGCCUCGCCUCACCCAAGAUCAGCUUACAUCAGGGUCGAGCGAAUCGCUGAAAUCGAAACGUAGUAAAUCUCGAGGCAAGGAGUCGCUUGCCUCUUCUCCGUUUGUCGAGAGCAACGAUGAUAUGGAACUAUCGUUCACACCGUCGCCCCCCGAGUCUAAAAGCGCUCUACGUCCACCGUCUGAUCGGAAGCGAUCUGCGCCGAAGGACAAAAGUGCUAGUCCUACUGAGCGUAAAGAGGUUCGGCCACCUCCACCUCCAACGUCACGAUCAAAGAAAGCAGCUGCAACACCAUCAUCAUCCUCAAGUCCAUCGCCAAUGCACUCAGUUUCAGCCCCAACCAACAGCAGUAACAGGAAAAAAUCACCAAAUAAGCAAUCCGCCCAACAGCAGCAGCAGCAGCCGAUAGGAGCCUUGGCAGCCAUGAUGAUGGAGAUGGAUGCCGAGAGUGUUUCGUCGCCAGAACCCGAUGAUCGGCGACGGGAUAAGCUUAGUGUGCUGAAAGUAAAAAUUUUAAAAUUGAGCGAUGAAAAACUUCAGCAGGUCGUUGACAUUAUUGAGAUGACAGGAAAGUAUGAGUUGAGCAAUGAAAGCUUUGAUUUUGACUUACAACAAAUUGACAAUCUCACAAUUAAUCGACUUCAACAGCUCGUGAGCUGACAACAUGGCGAGCACUCUAGUAACAAAAAAAAACAACUAAAUAACAAUUCCAUUUAGUUCAAAUGUCAAUUAUAUACAGGUAGUGUCAGUCAAAUCAUUUAUUGUACAUUAACUGUUGCUCGAUUACAAUCUAACGGAUUUUAAGGGUUGUAAUAUAAACCGGUGUGGAUCUUGAUGGAGAUCGAUGAGUUCGGUAGUUUUCGAUUCAGUUGUGGAUGCGGCUUUUCCAAAAUCAAAGAAUGAGCGAUCGUAGGAAAACGAAUAGCCAAGAAGAAAAUGUCAGUUAAGAGUAGGCUAAUAGACGAUACGUUACGUGUGCUAUCUUGUCGAGCAUGCGCCAGCGCAACAAGUAGCACACUUUUUCGGUCUCAUUUAGAGAAAAAAACUACCCGAACUUAAAAGAUGUUUUAAUGUGCAUAUCAUUGAUGAGCUUUCUUCAGGGCUAAUGAAGACAGCCUCCUAGGAUCAGUAAACGUGUCCCUGUAACGCGGACAGCAAACAAUGGUGAGCACGCUGUUUGUGUGAAACGUAAGCCAAGACGCGCCUGAGAAUGAAAGUACUAUCGACUUGACUAGUAAAAGGAGAACAAAAGAGAAUUAUUCAAGCAAUACAAAUCAGAUAAACUAAGGGCAGGCUUAAUUCUCGCAAGCAGCACCUACGAAAUAAACACAUUGGUGAUUGUUAGGCACCUAGUAAUGCCGCGAUACUAACCGUUGUUUCUUAUAUUUCAAAAUGGUAUCUCUUUGUGAAGGACAAUUUUGGGAAGCCACCUACGGAGCUCGGCCAUAUUUAAGAAAACUGUCAAAAUUCAGAAGGAAAGUCAAAAAAAGGGGUGCCGCUCUGGCCAAAUAAGCCUAGAGUUUACUGUGCCUCCUUGUUAUAUUCCUUUACCUAGACAAAAUCGGUUGUGACAAAUCGAUUGCCAAAAGUGAAAUAAUGAAUAGGAGUGGUAAACCGGUUGAGAAGUCUCCUUUAAAUCUCUUUUUGAGCAUUCAUUAGUUAAAGAUGCUGGGUGCGAUUGCCAUACUGUCUUUUUUCUCGACCGAGAUGUGUUCUCUGCGCAAUAUUUAAUCACUUAUAUAUACAUAUGCCCACCUUAGUUCUAGUUCUGGUCUCCCUAUGAAUCUUGACACAAGUCCAUCUAGAAGGCCAUCGCUUCGCAUACGAAAGCUUACCUGGCUGACCGUUGGUUUCUCUUAUUAGACUGCACACCCGAUUCAUUUCGAUAGACCACUGUUCAAGCCAUGUGAUGAGUGGGAAAUUAAUUGUUGAAAAAGAAUGUAGCUUUUCAAAGAGCGUCUCGUCUUUGUCAGCCAGUAAGGGCAGGGCUGAUCUUGCCAAUUCCGAUGCAUUCGUCAUUAUAUACGUGCUGACAAUAGUCAUGCAACUAUUUCCAUAUGACUCUGUCUGCUACUUGUAUUUUCCGUUAGCUGUGUAUGCUACACAUUUUAGUCAAUAGAUGUAUGUAAGGCCUACAUCAAGGCCGUAAUUAUCUUGCUAUUGCAACAACGGCUACUAUACUUUAAAUAUGCCGCUUUGUUAUAAUAAUGGUGAGAAUAUGUGAUUGCCUGUAUAAUAACAAUGACACCUAUGAUAACGCAUAUAUACUGUAUGUGUGUAAGGAGACGUCGCAUGUAAACAAUCUUUAUCUAUAUAUAUAUAUAUAUAUAUAUAUAUAUAUAUAUUAGGACAAUGGUAGGUCAUCUCCCGUGACUACGCAACAAUUGUCACUAGAAAUAGCUUAAACUGAGGGGAGUUUGUCAGAUCCAUUGUAAAAACAAGCUCACCUAACAGAGGGGUUUCGACUAUCUGGUAUUAGUAACCCAGGAUAGUUGGCGUUAGGUAAUUUUUUUCUGAGGGACUCAUUUUUGCCACCAUUUCUCAGCUGCGCCUAUGAACCCUACAUGUCUCUUGCCUCCUAUUUAGCAGCUCUCGUUAAUCGAUCUGGUGAUCGAGCUUUACAUACUAGAAAUACCUCCAAAAGUGUAUUUUCACUAAAAGCAAAAAGGUUUAACAUACGUGAGCAUAAGUAAUUACUCUUCACUGUACUAUUUGGCCUAUCUCUCUACAAUCCUUACAAGUUCGACUUGCGUUGUGCCGUCGGAGCAGUUGACAAAUCGAUACGUGAAGAAAGCCCAAUACCACACGCGCCUGUUAUAUGAAUAUAUUAUUAUCAUGCAGUAAAUAAACAAUAUUCUAUAAGCUAGCUCCAUUCUCAACUAAAACUAAUUGAUCGAUACAAUGGCUGGCUGCGUUUGCAAAGAGAUACGUUGUUGCGGAACUACGAACGUCUAACUGCAUCUGUGCGUUUGAGUGUGCGUGGACAUGUGUCAAUGUAUUUCAUGUCCUUCAAUGUCAACAGUGUCUCUCUGCGUAGCCGAACAUGUUUGGCGUCAGCAGCAGGAUAUAUGCAGAUUAAAGACAGGCCACGCAGAAGGAGCGCAGAGCUUUCCCCUACAGCAGUUGCAGAUUGGGAACAGGUAGCUCUGAGUCAAUGCAAUUCAGAGGGCGAAACAAAACUGCUACCUAAAAAUACAAAGCCAUUAGCUUUUGUUGGAUUCAAGAAGGAGGAAGCGGCAUAAUGCAGUGGCAUCGUCCUCUAUAGCUCAACGUCGGUCAUAAACUAACAGCGGUGCGUGUGCUGUUAUUGUAAAUCACUUACAGAGAAUGGGUAAAGAGCGCAAUAACAUAGCACCAAGUAACAGGCAUUUCGAUGUGUACUAGAAAAUCGGUUUACGGUGGGUCGUCUUAGUCAUCAUUUUCUGUAACAUGGACUGAUAAGUACCUGUUCUGUCGCAUGUUUCUCAGAGACAUUAUCGUACUAAUAAACCUAUAGCGUAUACAUAAAGUAUCCCAGUGUGACUUGUAGCUACGAAUCAAACACACUUGAUCAAUUUGAUGCAAAUACAAAUUACUAUUUAUUAUCAACACAAUUAUCCUGCCAUUACUAAGAGGAAUGGAACAUACGUAUUAUCUUUAUUUGACUAUAUCAAUUUAUACAUAUGGAUAACAGUGCAAAAUAGGAUGACGGUUCGAACAAGUUGAAAAAGGAAGAGAGGGUCGUAGAAGGCAGAUCUCGAGAGACUGCUAAUACAUACAAACCGCAGUUUCAUUACAACAAUUCAUUUUAUAACUUUUUUGCCGUAAAUGGUACAUAGUAUUUAAUGUAAUAAAAAAAAAACAAUGUUGUCACUGCGAACUUAUCGACGGCUGGUAAUUAUUUCUAGGUAGAAUGCAUUUGAAUACUGUUUUUCAGAACUGCGUACGACAGCGUCAAACAACAGAUAGGAAAGAAGAAAAAAAAAAAACGAGUAAAACUCAAUAUGAAAUACAUCUGCCUGAAUGCUUCCAUACAUAUUGUGGUUCAGUUUUUCUAAUUCUUGUUCGUCUUUUAUUGUGU